AAAUUAUCGUACUGAUAGCUACGGCAGAACUGUGUCAUUGGUGAAGUAGAAGUUCUACCCAGGUUAUCGUUCUUGGAGGCAAGUGUGGAAGAGCAUCCUUUGACUUGAGCAUCCCAUGGCAAGGCAACCCAAUAGGCACUGUCAAGACCUUCGGGACACGACACUGCAGCCUAUGCAACAGGGAGCAACUCGAGAUACUGAAAAGAUUCAGAGAAUCGUCAGAAAAGCUGAUCCAUCCUGCAACGACAUCUACCGAGCAUGCCCACAUAAACCACGAUUUCAUAAGUACCCCACUAGCACAAGCAAUGAUGAUUCCCGUGGGGGGUGAAAAAGUCAAACAACCGAAAAGGGUGAAAGCCGUGUUUUAGGGAUUUGGCAGUUUGUGAGUCUGUAGACUACUGUAAAACUUUUUGCUAAAAUCGUAUGAUCCUUUUGACUUCUGCAUUUGCUUUCAAAAAGAAACGGCUGUUUUCCAACGUUCAAUCUUUCCGGGUCGAAUUAUUCAUUCAUCAUCAGUCAGCACCAAAGACAACAGUUUCCUCUCACCAACGAUGGCGCCUUCUUCCUCCUCGUCUCUUGUGGACACCCCGCGACCUUCGAACCCUCCAAGACGACGACGAUCUUUGCGCUUGCAGAAGCUUGGCCGAGUCAGCUCCAAUCCAAACAAAACAAGCGACAGUACUUCGAACGGUCAAGUUGCGAAGAAGGCUCAACGGCAUCGCGAGCGUCAAGGCAAAGUCAAGGGUUGUGGCCGUCUCAAAAAAUGGAAUGGUCUUGCUUGGGUGAUGUGUUCGAAGCGGAAGACGCCAUCGCGUCUUGGUGGUCCGACGAUUCGUUCAAAAUCUGCGAGCCGACGUUCCAUUCGCGAAGACGAGUUACAAGUGAUGGAGGAAAGCAAUAAAGAAAACGACGAUACGCGUACAUCUGAUGAGGACUCUGACGUCCAGUUUCUGGGAGUUUCCAAUCCCCAUGACGACGGUUUCGAGAGUGAUGUCCAGAUCAUUGAAAACCCGUCGAAGAAGCGACGCAUCAAGAAAGCGGCCAAGACGACAGGUCAGCCAAAUUCAAGUGAGGACGAUGAAAUCUGUCUGGUCGGCACCAUAGGAACCAACGCACUCGUGGACUAUCCACACCUGCGCGAAGACUGCGUAGUAGAAAAAUUCGUUGUUGGAAAACAUUCCAGCCACUGCAGCAAAUGCUAUUGUUACGUUUGUGAUCUACCCGCCGACCAGUGCCAGCACUGGGACAGCGCUCAUGAUGGGCAGAAAGGUCAUUGCCAUGCCACUCGUGCAGACCCGAAGUGGCGCGCGGCCCGUGAUGCUCGAGAGAAAGCUGCUUGAGUGGUGAGCUGUGGUGAUGUGAUUUGAACGGAACGAGACUCAUCUCGAGAACACGCAAAAGUCCGAUUCGAUUCGAUUCAUCUCAAGGAGACGGACUGUCACUCCUGGCGAACCAUGAAAGAUUGCCGUACAACCGUCAACAUUAACUUAGUCGUAGUAGAAACGAUCUUGCAUGUG